GAUGAUGUUUUACUAGAUUAAAGUUUUAGGGUCUACAAUUGGGGAUAGUUAAUUCUCAAGUAUAGAUGAACAAGGCUAUUUCUUUGUACUGUUCAACUCUAACGAAAAGGAAAAUGAAAUUUAUAUGGUUACCCUUACCCUAUAGGAGUAUUCAUCAGAAAUAAUCUUUUUGUUGGAAAGUGCCGAGAUAUGUUUGCCCUAAUAAUUGCACUAUAGUCAAUUGCUCAAUCAUUUGGUUUUCUGGAGAAAAUGUUUGAGCAUCCAGAUAGGAAUGUUGUCAACAAGCCGGAACAAAAAUCUAAGAAGAGAAAAGUAAAUCCUCAAGAUGAUGAUUGCCAUCUUACUGGUAAUCCUGUUCCUGUUAUAGAGGCUAAACAACGUUGGCCUCACCGAUAUUUGUCAAAGGCUAAAUGGGUACCAAAGUCAAUGUAUAAUAUAGAAUGGAGUGGUGAGGAUAUUUUACAAGCCAAUAGCCAUUACACUGAGGCACUUGUUGAUGGGGUUACUAUUAAACUAAAUGAGGAUGUAUAUAUUGCGGCUGAGGAAGGAAAGCCAAAUUACAUUGCCAAAAUAGUAGAAUUUUUUGAGACUGUUGAUAAGGAGCAAUUUUUAACCGCACAAUGGUUCUAUAGAGCUGAGGACACUGUUAUUAAAAAUCAUCACCAACUAAUUGAUCAGCGUCGAGUAUUUUUGUCGGACAUUAAAGAUGAUAAUCCAUUAGGGUGUAUUUUGAAUAAAGUCAAAAUCAACACCAACACAUCAAAUGUUGGCGCUGCUGAGCUAUACUGUGAUAUGAAAUAUGAGUUGCCAUAUUUGACGUUUUCCAAUUUGACGCUUGAUGAACAAAACCAAGGCACUGGUAGUGAUACAUCAUCAACUAUUUCAAGUGAUCACAGUUCAGUUGAUGCCACUGAUGAUGUUACUAGUUGUGCAAAGCAAACCAAGUCUGGGCAAGAAGUUGCAAAAUUGACGAAUGAAAUGACCUUACUAGAUUUAUAUUCAGGAUGUGGAGCCAUGUCUACAGGGCUUUGUCUUGGUGCAACCUUAGCUGGAGUUAAACUUACAAAUAAAUGGGCUGUAGAUCUUAACGAAGAUGCAUGUGAGUCUCUCAGGAGGAACCAUCCGGAAACUGAGGUGAGAAAUGAAAUGGCAGAAGAAUUUCUAUCACUACUGAAAGAGUGGGAAAAGCUUUGUAAUAAUAUGGUAUUGUCAGUUCCACCUCCACCUCCAAACGAGGUAACUCAUUUGGAUGAUAAUACUGAUGAUGACUCUCCGCUUGAACCUGGGGAGUUUGAAGUCGAGAACUUACUUGAAAUCUGCUAUGUAAAGAAAAAGGGCCUCUAUUUCAAGGUACGUUGGAAGGGAUACGGACCAGAGGAGGACACUUGGGAACCCAUUGAUGGCUUAAGUGGUUCAGAAGAACGGAUAAAGGAGUUUGUUCACAGAGGAUACCAAUCCAAAAUACUGCCUCUUCCAGGGGAUGUAGAUUUCAUUUGUGGAGGACCUCCUUGUCAAGGUAUCAGUGGAUUCAACCGCUAUAGAAACACACAAGAUCCUUUGAAGGAUGAAAAGAACCAUCAAUUAGUGGUUUUUAUGGACAUAGUUGAGUACUUAAGGCCAAAGUAUGUCCUAAUGGAGAAUGUUGUAGACAUAUUGAGAUUUUCUGAAGGUUUUCUGGGUCGUUAUGCUGUUGGAAGAUUGGUUAGUAUGAACUAUCAAUCUCGUAUGGGGAUAAUGGCAGCUGGAUCCUAUGGUCUCCCUCAAUUUCGAUUGAGAGUAUUUUUGUGGGGAGCUCAAACAUCAAAGAAACUACCACAAUAUCCUCUUCCUACUCACGAAGUUAUUACGAGAGGUGGGGUUCCUGUUGAGUUUCAGGACAUUUAUGUGUCAGAUGGGAAACAAAAGUCUACUUCGCUGGAGAAGGCUCUUUUAUUAGAGGAUGCCAUAUCAGAUUUGCCUCCAGUUACAAACUUCGAAGAUCAAAAUGAAAGGCCUUAUGAUGGUGCUGCCAGUACAGAUUUCCAACGUUAUAUCAGAUUGAAAAGAAAGGAUAUGAUAAAUUUUAAUGGUUCAGCUGAAGUAUCAUCUGAUUGCGACCUUUGUGACCAUCGUCCUUUACAAAUGAAAGAAGAUGAUUAUCAGAGAGCAUGUCAGAUCCCCAAAAGAAAGGGGGCAAAUUUUAGAGAUUUAGCUGGGGUGCUUGUAGAUAACAAGAACAAAGUGUAUUUUGAUCCUUCGAUGGAAAGAGUUUACCUUCCCUCAAAAAAGCCUUUGGUACCUGAUUAUGCAAUGCAAUUUGUUCGCGGUACUUCUACUAAGCCGUUUGGAAGGUUGUGGUGGGAUGAGACGGUUUCUACUGUUGUCACCAGGGCUGAACCUCACAACCAGUGUGUCCUCCAUCCUGAGCAAGAUAGAGUUCUCACUAUCCGCGAAAAUGCAAGGCUCCAAGGGUUUUUAGAUUGUUAUAAACUUUAUGGUCCUGUUAAGGAAAGGUACAUACAAGUAGGGAACGCUGUAGCAGUUCCAGUUGCCAUUGCUCUAGGAUAUGCAUUUGGCCAAGCUAAUCAAGGCCUUGUUGAUGAUAAUCCAUUAACAACACUCCCUUUCAAGUUUCCUCAGUGUCUUGCUCGUCACCAAGAUUUAGAAUUAUGAUUCCUAAUUACAACUUAUCAAUUAGAACGUGUAUUCUUCAGGUAGUUUUGAUUGUAUUACCUUUGAAUUAAUUAUUGUUCAACAUUAGUUAACUUAAUUAAUUAUUUACAUGUAUUUUCUUUUUUUUUUUAUGCUAUCUUUAUUUAUGUAAAACAAUUUAAGAUGUUUUUUUUUAUCAGGAUAAGGAAAAAACAUUUUUAUGACAAGAGGUUGUUUGAUUUCACCCUAUUUCC